AGCCGCGCUCUCAAUCUCGAGCUUGCUCGCUCUCCCUCUCCCCGAGCCGUGGAAAGGAUCCCACUUCCGGUGGGGUGUCAUGGCGGCGUCUCGGACCGUGAUGGCUGAGGGGAGACGGCGCUAGUGGGGACAGCCACCCACAGGCGCCCUCCCCUCCCCGGGCUCCCCUCCCCACCCCUUCCCCCAGCCUCCUCGCCAACGCCCCCUUCCCCUGUCCCCCUCCCGGCGGGCCGCGCGGGCCCCCGUCCCCACCCCCGUGGGAACGCUAGCUGCCCGCACUCCUCAGCUGCUCGGCUCGCCGCUGCCUUCACCUCAGCGCCCGCCCUCCGGCGGGUCCCGGACGCCGGCCCACCGGGCCAUCUGCCGCCCCCGGGUCGCGGGGAGGACAUGGCCGCACACAGGCCGGUGGAAUGGGUCCAGGCCGUGGUCAGCCGCUUCGACGAGCAGCUUCCAAUAAAAACAGGACAGCAAAAUACACAUACCAAAGUCAGCACUGAGCAUAACAAGGAAUGUCUGAUCAACAUUUCCAAAUAUAAGUUUUCUUUGGUCAUAAGUGGCCUCACUACCAUCUUGAAGAAUGUUAACAAUAUGAGGAUAUUUGGAGAAGCUGCUGAAAAAAAUUUGUAUCUCUCUCAGUUGAUUAUAUUGGAUACACUGGAAAAAUGUCUUGCUGGGCAACCAAAGGACACAAUGAGAUUAGAUGAAACAAUGCUGGUCAAACAGUUACUACCAGAAAUUUGCCAUUUUCUUCACACCUGUCGUGAGGGAAACCAACAUGCGGCUGAACUUCGGAAUUCUGCUUCUGGGGUUUUAUUUUCUCUUAGCUGCAACAACUUCAAUGCAGUCUUUAGUCGAAUUUCUACCAGGUUACAGGAGUUGACUGUUUGUUCAGAAGACAAUGUUGAUGUCCAUGACAUAGAAUUGUUACAGUAUAUUAAUGUGGAUUGUGCAAAAUUAAAACGACUCCUGAAGGAAACAGCAUUUAAAUUUAAAGCCCUGAAGAAGGUCGCACAGUUAGCAGUUAUAAAUAGCCUAGAAAAGGCCUUUUGGAACUGGGUAGAAAACUAUCCGGAUGAAUUUACAAAGCUGUACCAAAUUCCGCAGACUGAUAUGGCUGAGUGUGCAGAAAAACUAUUUGACUUGGUGGACGGUUUUGCUGAAAGCACCAAACGUAAAGCCGCAGUUUGGCCACUGCAAAUCAUUCUCCUCAUUUUGUGUCCAGAAAUAAUCCAGGACAUAUCCAAGGAUGUGGUUGAUGAGAACAACAUAAAUAAGAAGCUGUUUCUGGAUAGUUUACGAAAAGCACUUGCCGGCCAUGGAGGAAGCAGGCAGCUGACAGAGAGUGCUGCCAUUGCUUGUGUCAAGUUGUGUAAAGCAAGUACUUACAUCAACUGGGAAGAUAACUCGGUCAUUUUCCUACUAGUGCAGUCCAUGGUGGUUGAUCUUAAGAACCUGCUUUUUAAUCCAAGUAAACCAUUCUCUAGAGGCAGUCAGCCUGCAGAUGUGGACCUCAUGAUUGACUGUCUUGUCUCUUGCUUUCGGAUAAGCCCUCAAAACAACCAGCACUUUAAGAUCUGCCUGGCUCAGAAUUCACCUUCUACAUUUCACUAUGUGCUGGUAAACUCACUCCACCGCAUCAUCACCAAUAGCACUUUCAAGCAUGGACUUGGCACUGCUUCUGCAUUGGAUUGGUGGCCUAAGAUUGAUGCUGUAUAUUGUCACUCAGUUGAACUUCGAAAUAUGUUCGGUGAAACACUUCAUAAAGCAGUGCAGGGCUGUGGAGCACACCCAGCAAUACGAAUGGCACCAAGUCUUACAUUUAAAGAAAAGGUAACAAGCCUUAAAUUUAAAGAAAAGCCUACAGACCUGGAGACAAGGAGCUAUAAGUAUCUUCUUUUGUCCAUGGUGAAACUAAUUCAUGCAGACCCAAAGCUUUUGCUUUGUAACCCAAGAAAACAGGGCCCUGAAACUCAAGGCAGUACAGCAGAAUUAAUCACAGGGCUUGUCCAACUGGUCCCUCAGUCACACAUGCCAGAGAUUGCUCAGGAAGCAAUGGAGGCCUUGCUGGUUCUUCAUCAGUUAGAUAGCAUCGAUUUAUGGAACCCUGAUGCUCCUGUAGAGACAUUUUGGGAAAUUAGUUCACAAAUGCUUUUUUACAUCUGCAAGAAAUUAACUAGCCAUCAAAUGCUUAGUAGCACAGAAAUUCUCAAGUGGUUACGGGAAAUUCUGAUCUGCAGGAAUAAAUUUCUUCUUAAAAAUAAGCAGGCGGAUAGAAGUUCCUGUCACUUUCUCUUCCUUUGUGGAGUAGGAUGUGAUGUUCCUGCUAGUGGAAAUACCACUCAGAUGUCAGUGGAUCAUGAUGAGUUAUUAAGAACCUGUACUCCUGGAGCAUCCCUGCGGAAAGGAAAAGGAAAUUCCUCCAUGGAUAGCACAGCAGGGUGCAGUGGAGCCCCACCAAUAUGCCGUCAAGCCCAGACCAAGCUAGAAGUGGCCUUGUACAUGUUUCUGUGGAGUCCUGACACUGAAGCUGUUCUGGUUGCUAUGUCCUGUUUCCGCCACCUCUGUGAGGAAGCAGAUAUCCGGUGUGGGGUGGAUGAAGUGUCAGUACACAAUUUCUUGCCCAACUAUAACACAUUCAUGGAAUUUGCAUCUGUCAGCAAUAUGAUGUCAACAGGAAGAGCAGCACUUCAGAAGAGAGUGAUGGCCCUGCUGAGGCGCAUUGAGCAUCCCACUGCAGGAAACACUGAGGCUUGGGAAGAUACACAUGCAAAAUGGGAACAGGCUACAAAACUAAUCCUUAACUAUCCGAAAGCCAAAAUGGAAGAUGGCCAGGUUGCAGAAAGCCUUCAUAAGACCAUUGUUAAGAGACGGAUGUCCCAUGUCAGUGGAGGUGGAUCCAUAGACUUGUCUGACACAGACUCCCUGCAGGAAUGGAUCAACAUGACUGGCUUCCUUUGUGCACUUGGUGGGGUGUGCCUGCAACAGAGAAGCAGCUCUGGCUUAGCAACCUACAGCCCACCUAUGGGCCCUGUCAGUGAGCGCAAAGGGUCUAUGAUUUCCGUAAUGUCUUCAGAAGGGAAUGUUGAUACACCUGUCAGCAGAUUUAUGGACCGGCUUCUGUCCUUAAUGGUGUGUAACCAUGAGAAAGUGGGGCUUCAGAUACGGACCAAUGUUAAGGACCUGGUGGGUCUGGAGUUGAGUCCUGCUCUGUAUCCAAUGUUGUUUAACAAACUGAAGAAUACCAUCAGCAAGUUUUUUGACUCUCAAGGACAGGUAUUAUUGACUGAUAGCAAUACUCAGUUUGUGGAGCAAACUAUAGCUAUAAUGAAGAAUCUGCUGGAUAAUCAUACUGAAGGCAGCUCUGAGCAUCUGGGACAAGCUAGCAUUGAAACAAUGAUGUUAAAUCUGGUCAGAUAUGUUCGUGUGCUUGGGAAUAUGGUCCAUGCAAUUCAAAUAAAAACGAAACUAUGUCAGUUAGUUGAAGUAAUGAUGGCAAGAAGAGAUGACCUCUCAUUUUGUCAGGAGAUGAAAUUUAGGAAUAAAAUGGUGGAAUACCUAACAGACUGGGUUAUGGGAACAUCAAACCAAGCAGCAGAUGAUGAUGUGAAGUGUCUCACAAGAGAUUUGGACCAAGCAAGCAUGGAAGCAGUAGUUUCACUCCUCGCUGGCCUUCCACUACAGCCUGAAGAAGGAGAUGGGGUGGAACUAAUGGAGGCCAAGUCACAGUUAUUUCUUAAGUACUUUACACUAUUUAUGAACCUUUUGAAUGACUGUAGUGAAGUUGAAGAUGAAAAUGCACAAACAGGUGGCAGGAAACGUGGCAUGUCUCGGAGGCUGGCAUCCCUGAGGCACUGUACAGUGCUUGCAAUGUCAAACUUACUCAAUGCUAAUGUGGACAGUGGACUCAUGCACUCCAUAGGCUUAGGUUAUCACAAGGAUCUCCAGACAAGAGCUACGUUUAUGGAAGUUCUGACAAAAAUCCUUCAACAAGGAACAGAAUUCGACACACUUGCUGAAACAGUGUUGGCAGAUCGGUUUGAGAGACUCGUGGAACUGGUCACAAUGAUGGGAGACCAAGGAGAGCUUCCUAUAGCUAUGGCUCUGGCCAAUGUGGUCCCUUGUUCUCAGUGGGACGAGCUGGCUCGUGUUCUGGUUACAUUGUUUGAUUCUCGGCACUUACUCUACCAGCUGCUCUGGAACAUGUUUUCUAAGGAAGUAGAAUUGGCAGACUCCAUGCAGACUCUUUUCCGAGGCAACAGCUUGGCCAGUAAGAUAAUGACAUUCUGCUUUAAGGUAUAUGGUGCUACUUACCUACAAAAGCUCUUGGAUCCUUUAUUACGUAUUGUGAUCACAUCUUCAGAUUGGCAGCAUGUUAGCUUUGAAGUGGAUCCUACCAGGUUAGAGCCUUCUGAGAGCCUUGAGGAAAACCAGAGGAACCUGCUUCAAAUGACAGAGAAGUUCUUCCAUGCCAUCAUCAGUUCCUCCUCAGAGUUCCCUUCCCAGCUUCGAAGCGUCUGCCAUUGCUUGUACCAGGCAACUUGCCACUCCCUACUGAAUAAAGCUACAGUAAAAGAAAAAAAGGAAAACAAAAAAUCAGUGGUUAGCCAGCGUUUCCCUCAGAACAGCAUCGGUGCAGUAGGAAGUGCCAUGUUCCUCAGAUUUAUCAAUCCUGCCAUUGUCUCGCCAUAUGAAGCAGGGAUUUUAGAUAAAAAGCCGCCACCUAGAAUCGAAAGAGGCUUGAAGUUAAUGUCGAAGAUACUUCAGAGCAUUGCCAAUCAUGUCCUGUUCACAAAAGAAGAACAUAUGAGGCCUUUUAAUGAUUUUGUGAAAAGCAACUUUGACUUAGCACGAAGAUUUUUCCUUGAUAUAGCAUCAGAUUGUCCCACAAGUGAUGCUGUAAAUCAUAGUCUUUCCUUCAUCAGUGAUGGCAAUGUGCUUGCUUUACAUCGGCUGCUUUGGAACAAUCAGGAGAAAAUUGGCCAGUAUCUUUCCAGCAACAGGGAUCAUAAAGCUGUUGGAAGACGACCUUUUGAUAAGAUGGCCACACUUCUUGCAUACCUGGGUCCUCCGGAGCACAAGCCUGUGGCAGAUACACACUGGUCCAGCCUUAACCUUACCAGUUCCAAGUUUGAGGAAUUUAUGACCAGGCAUCAGGUACAUGAGAAGGAAGAGUUCAAGGCUUUGAAAACUUUAAGCAUCUUCUACCAAGCUGGUACUUCCAAAGCUGGGAACCCUAUUUUUUAUUAUGUUGCACGGAGGUUCAAAACUGGCCAAAUCAAUGGUGAUUUGCUGAUAUACCAUGUCUUGCUGACUUUAAAGCCAUAUUAUGCAAAGCCAUAUGAAAUUGUAGUGGACCUUACCCAUACUGGACCUAGCAAUCGCUUUAAAACAGACUUCCUCUCUAAGUGGUUUGUUGUUUUUCCUGGAUUUGCUUACGACAAUGUCUCAGCAGUUUAUAUCUAUAACUGUAACUCCUGGGUCAGGGAGUACACCAAGUACCAUGAACGGCUGCUGACUGGCCUCAAGGGCAGCAAACGGCUUAUUUUCAUAGACUGUCCUGGGAAGCUGGCUGAGCACAUAGAACACGAACAACAGAAACUCCCUGCUGCCACUUUGGCUCUGGAGGAGGACCUAAAGGUGUUCCACAAUGCUCUCAAGCUAGCUCACAAAGAUACCAAAGUCUCUAUUAAGGUUGGUUCUACUGCUGUUCAAGUAACCUCAGCAGAGAGAACAAAAGUUUUGGGGCAAUCUGUCUUUUUAAAUGACAUCUACUAUGCUUCUGAAAUUGAAGAGAUCUGCCUUGUGGAUGAGAACCAGUUCACCUUAACCAUUGCAAACCAAGGCACACCACUUACCUUCAUGCACCAGGAGUGUGAAGCCAUUGUCCAGUCUAUCAUUCACAUCAGGACCCGCUGGGAGCUGUCACAGCCUGACUCCAUCCCUCAGCAUACCAAGAUUCGACCAAAAGAUGUCCCUGGGACACUGCUUAAUAUUGCAUUACUUAAUUUAGGCAGUUCAGACCCUAGUCUACGGUCUGCUGCCUAUAAUCUUCUGUGUGCCUUAACCUGUACCUUUAAUUUAAAAAUUGAAGGCCAGUUACUAGAGACAUCAGGGUUAUGCAUCCCUGCCAACAAUACCCUCUUUAUUGUCUCCAUCAGUAAGACGCUUGCAGCCAAUGAGCCACACCUCACCUUAGAGUUUUUGGAAGAGUGUAUUUCUGGAUUUAGCAAAUCUAGUAUUGAAUUGAAGCACCUUUGUUUGGAAUAUAUGACCCCAUGGCUGUCAAAUCUAGUUCGUUUUUGUAAGCAUAAUGAUGAUGCCAAAAGACAAAGGGUUACUGCCAUCCUUGAUAAACUAAUAACAAUGACCAUAAAUGAGAAGCAGAUGUACCCUUCUAUUCAAGCAAAAAUAUGGGGGAGCCUUGGUCAGAUCACAGAUCUGCUGGAUGUUGUGCUUGAUAGUUUCAUCAAGACCAGUGCUACAGGAGGGUUAGGUUCUAUCAAAGCUGAGGUGAUGGCAGAUACAGCCGUGGCUUUGGCUUCUGGAAAUGUGAAAUUGGUGUCUAGUAAGGUUAUUGGAAGGAUGUGUAAAAUAAUUGACAAGACUUGCUUAUCUCCAACUCCAACUUUAGAACAACAUCUUAUGUGGGAUGAUAUUGCUAUUUUAGCCCGUUACAUGCUGAUGUUGUCCUUCAACAACUCCCUUGAUGUGGCAGCUCAUCUUCCCUAUCUCUUCCAUGUUGUUACUUUCUUAGUAGCCACAGGUCCCUUGUCCCUUCGAGCUUCCACACAUGGAUUGGUUAUUAAUAUCAUUCACUCUCUGUGUACUUGUUCGCAGCUUCAUUUUAGUGAAGAGACCAAGCAAGUUUUGAGGCUCAGUCUAACAGAAUUUUCAUUACCCAAAUUUUACUUACUGUUUGGCAUUAGCAAAGUGAAGUCAGCUGCUGUGAUUGCCUUCCGUUCCAGUUACCGGGACCGGUCUUUCUCCCCAGGCUCCUAUGAGAGGGAGACUUUUGCUUUGACAUCCCUGGAAACGGUCACAGAGGCUUUGUUGGAAAUCAUGGAGGCAUGUAUGAGAGAUAUUCCAACGUGCAAGUGGCUGGAUCAGUGGACAGAGCUAGCACAAAGGUUUGCAUUCCAAUACAACCCAUCGCUGCAGCCCAGAGCUCUUGUGGUGUUUGGCUGCAUAAGUAAACGUGUAUCUCAUGGGCAAAUAAAGCAGAUCAUCCGAAUUCUUAGCAAGGCACUUGAAAGUUGCUUAAAAGGUCCUGAUACUUACAACAGUCAAGUUCUGAUAGAAGCUACAGUAAUAGCUCUAACAAAAUUACAGCCACUUCUUAAUAAGGACUCACCCCUGCACAAAGCCCUCUUUUGGGUUGCUGUGGCUGUGCUGCAGUUGGAUGAAGUCAACUUGUAUUCAGCAGGCACUGCACUUCUGGAACAAAACCUGCACACCUUAGAUAGUCUCCGGAUAUUCAAUGACAAGAGUCCAGAAGAAGUAUUUAUGGCAAUCCGGAAUCCUCUGGAAUGGCACUGCAAGCAAAUGGAUCACUUUGUUGGACUCAAUUUCAACUCUAACUUUAACUUUGCACUAGUUGGACACCUCUUAAAAGGGUACAGGCAUCCUUCACCUGCCAUUGUUGCAAGAACAGUCAGAAUUUUGCAUACACUACUAACUCUUGUUAACAAACAUAGAAAUUGUGACAAAUUUGAGGUGAAUACACAGAGUGUGGCUUACUUAGCAGCUCUACUCACAGUGUCCGAAGAGGUUCGAAGUCGCUGUAGCCUCAAGCAUAGGAAGUCCCUUCUUCUUACUGAUAUUUCAAUGGACAGUGUUCCUAUGGAUACAUACCCCAUUCUUCAUGGUGAUCCUAGCUAUAGGACACUAAAGGAGAACCAGCCAUGGUCCUCUCCCAAAGGUUCAGAAGGAUACCUUGCAGCUACCUACCCCUCUGUAGGCCAGACCAGUCCCCGAGCCAGGAAAUCCAUGAGCUUGGACAUGGGGCAGCCUUCUCAAGCCAACACAAAGAAAUUACUUGGAACAAGAAAAAGUUUUGAUCACUUGAUAUCAGACACAAAGGCUCCCAAAAGACAAGAAAUGGAAUCAGGGAUCACAACACCCCCCAAAAUGAGAAGAGUGGCAGAAACUGAUUAUGAAAUGGAAACUCAAAGGAUUUCCUCACAGCAGCACCCACAUUUACGGAAAGUCUCGGUGUCUGAAUCAAAUGUUCUUUUGGAUGAAGAAGUGCUUACUGACCCAAAGAUCCAAGCACUGCUUCUUACUGUUCUGGCUACACUGGUAAAAUAUACUACAGAUGAAUUUGAUCAACGAAUUCUUUAUGAAUACCUAGCAGAGGCCAGUGUUGUGUUUCCCAAAGUGUUUCCUGUUGUGCACAAUUUGUUGGACUCUAAGAUCAAUACCCUCUUGUCAUUGUGCCAAGAUCCAAAUUUGUUAAAUCCAAUCCAUGGAAUUGUGCAGAGUGUGGUGUACCAUGAGGAAUCCCCUCCACAGUACCAAACAUCUUACCUACAAAGUUUUGGUUUCAAUGGCUUGUGGCGGUUUGCAGGACCCUUUUCAAAGCAAACACAAAUCCCAGACUAUGCUGAGCUUAUUGUUAAGUUUCUUGAUGCCUUGAUUGACACGUACUUGCCUGGAAUUGAUGAAGAAGCCAGUGAGGAGUCCCUCCUGACACCCACAUCUCCUUACCCUCCUGCACUGCAGAGCCAGCUUAGUAUCACUGCCAACCUUAACCUCUCUAAUUCCAUGACCUCACUUGCAACUUCCCAGCAUUCCCCAGGAAUCGACAAGGAGAACGUUGAACUCUCCCCCACCACUGGCCACUGUAACAGUGGACGAACUCGCCAUGGAUCCGCAAGCCAGGUGCAGAAGCAAAGAAGCGCCGGCAGUUUCAAACGUAAUAGCAUUAAGAAGAUCGUGUGAAGCUUUCUUCCUUUCACUUUUCAAACCAACCUAACAUGGGCUUCUCACUAGUGACCCUUCCCUAACCUGGUCCCGCCCCACACUGCACUGCUGCACUUCGUGUCUUAUGAACCCAUCUGGUCUGCCAUGCUGCCAGACGAUCAACUCUUGGAAGCAUUGCCUAAAUUUAAUGCUGCUUUUCUUUAAUGUUUUUCCUUCUACUUUGGCAUGUGUCUGGUGUGAGCACUUGUUCUGACGACUGCAAAGAAAGCAGGAGGUCAGGAAACCUGAACUGAGAGUCUGGAUCAUGGGAAUGAGCGAGUGGAUAAAUCCUCCAGUGCCGCUGCCGCCGGCGGCGGCCAUGGGCCAUGCACGGAGGCUGGCCUUCUUUGUUCCCUUGUCUUACAGAGUGAAGUGGUUGUCUUAUUUACACUUUCCAAGUUUGGGGGAGAAAUAAUAUUUUAACCCCAGUGUAUUUAAUCUUCUAGCUGUGGACUUUUUUUUACCUUAUGAAAUUGAAGGAACCAAUAGAGGUCAAGCCUCAAUGAAUUUACACCAUAAAGCCACAAGCCAGGUACUUGGGGGAGAGGGGAUAAACUAGUAUUUUGUAAUGGAUUCUUAAGAAAUCCUAACAUUUGAGUAUUAGCAAUAAUUACAGGAAAAUAAGCAUGACCACAUACAUCUUAACACUGCUGGAUUAAAGCUAUCGGUUCUGAGGCCUUAUUCAUACUUGGUCAUCCAAACUAGGUAAUUUUUUUUCCUGUUGAUUAUCUUUUAAUCUUUACAUAUGAAGGUAUUCUGUUCUUUUUUUGUAAGCCAAGGCUAUACUAAGUAUAGUAACUACACUUGUUUUUGCACUUGCUUUUUCCUCCUCUUUCCUAUGUGAUUCUGAGCAGGGUAAUUAGCAGAGAGAGUGUUGAAACUUGUUUCCAGAAGCUAAUUUUCAUAGCUGUUUCCAUUAGCUCCAAAGCAAAAUGGAAUGGUACGUGACUUAGGGUAACUGAUAUUUUUAUUUUGUUAAAUAAUUUUCCAAGAAACAGAAUAUGCUGUAUAUUAUCGUAAAUUUCUUUGAUAAGAUGUAUUUUUUAAAUCUUUUCAUCUUCCUCCUCUCCUCCAAAUAAAAUCAGGAAUCUCUAGCAAAACAUUUGGAUUCUAUGUGAUAGGAUUACAUUUAAUCACUGUGAAGUAUGGUCAGCCUGCGUGGUGUGCUGAUAAGGGACCUCUAGACUUGCCGCUGUACAGACAGCAUGGAUCAGUAUGCCAUAGGCCCUUCCAGGUGAUGCACAGCCAGCUGCUUCAUGGUACCUGCAGUAUGCAAAACAAUCAACUUGAGUGAGCGCAGUUGUAUGUGGGUGCUGUCAUUUAAGAUUGAACUAUAUUUAUUUUUAAAAGGUAUUAUCUCUCUACUCCCAUGUUCCCUUCACAUAUUAAAAUACAAUGGCUUUGGGAGGAACAAAAAGAAACCCAGGGGGUGGGGGGUCCCUGUAGUGCUAGCUCACUAGUGGAUUUCAGUAAAUUAAACUCCACAGCUAAGUCAAUAAAUAAUGGUACAUUUAAGUGUUCUGACUCUAAUAAUAUAACACAUUUCACACUUAUCCAUACAGUAACAAUGUAAUAUGUAAUUGUAAAUAAAAUUGCUUUUGAUAUUCAGAAAUAACAAGAA